ACACAACUCAUAUUAUUAUACACAUAUAUAUACAAGCGAUUCAAACGGAACGCCGACCGGGCCCCCCUCGGUAACCGAACGACAUACAAACAUACACGACACGACACGAUGGCUGCGCCGCUCGUAUGUACGCGGUUUAGUGACAAUUAUGAGCUAAAAGAAGAACUCGGCAAAGGCGCUUUUUCCGUAGUGCGAAAAUGUAUUCAAAAGCACACGGGACUGGAGUUUGCGGCCAAAAUAAUAAACACAAAAAAACUUUCUGCCAGAGAUUUUCAAAAAUUGGAAAGGGAAGCAAGAAUAUGUAGGAAAUUACAGCAUCCAAAUAUUGUUCGGUUACAUGACAGUAUCCAAGAAGAGCUAUUCCACUACCUUGUUUUCGAUCUGGUGACGGGUGGCGAACUUUUUGAAGACAUCGUAGCCAGGGAAUUUUACAGCGAGGCCGAUGCUUCCCAUUGCAUCCAGCAGAUACUGGAGAGCGUAAACCACUGCCACACCAACGGUGUAGUUCACAGGGAUUUAAAACCGGAAAACUUGUUACUGGCUAGCAAAGUCAAAGGCGCAGCGGUUAAGUUAGCUGAUUUUGGAUUAGCUAUAGAAGUUCAGGGCGAACAGCAAGCGUGGUUUGGAUUCGCCGGAACUCCAGGUUACCUGUCCCCAGAAGUACUGAAAAAAGAACCCUAUGGAAAACCAGUAGAUAUAUGGGCUUGCGGAGUUAUACUGUACAUUUUGUUGGUCGGCUACCCACCGUUCUGGGAUGAAGAUCAACACAGGCUGUACGCCCAAAUCAAAGCUGGCGCCUAUGACUAUCCAUCGCCCGAAUGGGAUACCGUGACGCCAGACGCAAAGAACCUAAUCAAUCAAAUGUUGACUGUGAACCCGGCCAAAAGGGUCACCGCUUCCGAUGCCCUGAAACACCCUUGGAUAUGCUAUCGUGAGAAGGUUGCUUCGGCUGUGCAUAGACAAGAGACGGUCGACUGCUUAAAGAAGUUCAACGCCAGACGAAAAUUAAAAGGUGCCAUUUUGACUACAAUGUUGGCUACGAGGAACUUCUCCAGUAAGUAUGAUGUACACGGUCGCAGUAUUGUAACAACAAAAAAAGGAGACGGUUCUCAAGUGAAAGAAUCAACUGAAAGCAACACUACAUUAGAAGAUGACGACGUUAGGGAGGACAAAAAAGGGACUGUGGACCGGAGCUCUACAGUAAUUGCCAAAGACUCUGAAGGAAACGUUGGCACACCGCCACCGUCUCCGGCACCGUCGUCCGCGUCCGUCGGAAGCGUACUGGGCUUCUUCAGGAGUUCCGCUUCCACCUCGUUCGGAUCGAAGCCCAAUAAACUGACCGUGAUCACCGCCACCGCCGCCGCCGCAGCUGCCAGCAACCCCCAAAACGCUUUCAUACAAGCUCGCAAACAAGAAAUCGUUAAAAUUACCGAACAACUGAUUGAAUCGAUCAACAACGCUGAUUUCGAAGGAUACACAAAAAUAUGCGACCCCCACAUGACUGCAUUCGAACCCGAGGCUCUUGGCAACCUGUUGGAGGGCAUGGAGUUCCACAAGUUCUACUUUGACCAUGAAUCUGUGUUGACAGUUUUAGGUAAGAACAGAGGUAUCAACACCACUGUGCUCAACCCGACGGUACACCUGCUCGGCGACGACGCUGCCUGCAUUGCCUAUAUAAUUCUCGUGCAGUACAUUGACAAGCAAGGGGUUCCUAGAUCGCACCAGUACGAAGAGACAAGAGUAUGGCACAGACGCGACAACAAGUGGCAAAACGUGCACUCGCAUAGGUCGGCGUCGGUAUCGUCCACCAACAAAGCGUUCUGUUCUUCUACUGGCGCAGGCAAAUAGCCUGAAAACAAUCACGACGACACUUGCAUUAUCCGGCGGUAACAGAACAAACAAGAAGGCCCAUUAAACAACUUUUUUUUGUUCCUUUUUCUUAAUUUCUAUUUCUUUCUUCUUUAAUUUUUCAUAUUUUUGACUGAUGUAAUAAUAAUAAUACAAUAUUAUAAUUCGGAUGUAUUCGGAAUACAUAUAGUGUAUGUUAUAUGUAUAUUUUCUGUUAUAAUCUAUGUAUACAAUGCACACGGUUAAAUCGCAUAAUAUUAUAUUACUCGUUAAUAUACUAUUAUAGCCAUUAGGUAC